AUGUUGGCACCAAUAGCAACGGAUCAUAGUACACCAUUGUUACCGCCUGACGAAGACAUUAUCGAAUUUUUGCGCAGCACUGAUUUUGAUGUUCGCUUGCAAACUCUAAGUCGUUUAACCGUCUGGUUGAAGCAUGACCCACAAUGGUUUUCCAAAUUUGUCAAAAAAGGUGAUUUAUUCAAACAACUUGAGCGUCUCUUAAUGGAUGAUCGUUGGGAAGUACAACAUCAGUGCAUUAAAUUUCUACAUGAUGCUUUACCAACUUUUGGAGAUUAUAUGGAAUGGUGCAUAACUUAUUUGUUACCGUCAAUAGUAAUUAAAUUGGGUAGCCCGAAGAUAACGAUACGUCGAAUAACAAAUCAAAUGCUUAUAGCUUAUCUGAAAUUACAACCUGAUGCUUUAAAUAUUGUUCAGAAAGUAAUUGGAAAUUUCCUACUGAACAAUGAAAAUGAUAUGCAAAUAAAAGAUGAAGCAUUGAGAGAAAUUCCAAAUCUUAUGAUAAUCGAAUGUGCUAAUCAAAAUUGGAAAUUUUUAAUUAGUAGUUUAGUCGAGAUGUUACACACAAUUUCAUCUGAAAGAUCUGAAAAAAUUAUUCGUCUACUUGCCCACUUUAAGGUGUACUUAGGUACAGAGAAAUUGAGGAAGAUUUUAUCAGAGUUAAGUACGAAGCAGUAUGAAAUAUGGAAGAAAUAUGAACAAAUAAUUUUUGAAACAAGUGAUACUAUGAAAGAAGGUGUGGUGAAUAAGGAGAAAAUGUCAUCUUCUGUUGAUGUGGAAUUACGGUAUCGAUUUGGUAUCAUACCAAUGUCAACCAGUAAUAUGCUCAAUAAUGAAACGGAUGCAACUUCAAGAAUUGCCGCUCUUGAACAGGUAAAUGCAAUUAUGAAUGGAAUAACACCGGAAGAUACGCGUAAAUUUGCAGCACAUUUGCAUUCCUAUUUUCUCACAUUGGGGAAUGUCCUGGAUGAUUUAAAUUUUAAGAUUGUCGCACUUUGCUUAGAUGUCAUUCGUUUGACGCUGGAAAAAGUUGGAGCACUUCUAGCACCGUAUAUACAGCAAAUUGUUGGCUUAAUUUCAAAACAUUUCGGCAGUCAAAAAUCUGCAAUACGGCAACACAUUAUGGCAAUUUGCAUGAUAACAAUGCGAAAUUGUUCACCUAAAAGUGUCAUUUCAUAUUUAUGUGUUUACUCCGAACAUCGAAAUUCACGAAUUCGAGAAGAAAUUUUAAAUAUUAUGACGGCUGCAUUACUUACCUUCGAUUCUCGUUCAAUCAAUUUAAAAGCAAUUGCUGACGUUGUGGUACCAUUACUUGCUGAUCCUAAACGACGUGUUCGGUACGAUACAUUAGCACCUGCGUUGGCUGCAUUUGAGUUAUUUGCUGUUUUUGCGCAUUUGUCGAGUAAUUCGACCAAACGUCUGCUAAAAUUAGUGUCAAAUUUGGAAGAAAAGCAUCAUGCUUAUGGUCUUUUAAGUGCUGUUAAGGAGAGAAUAUCACGUAAUACACUGCCAAAAAUACGAUCCGAUGGACUGAUCGAAUAUGCCACACCGCUUGAUGCUCCUGACAUUUCCGCCUGCAAUCGUGAAGGAUGGCGCUGGUUGAAAACAAAUAAUUUAGAUUAUGAAUGGAUUAUGGGUGGUGCCAAUGGUUCGAGCAGUGUACUUUCUAGUGAGUUGUUAGAAGAAUCGAAGAAUGAAGAUUUAUUUAGAAACGAUACGAAAGCAUCAAUGACUGAAAGGCCAUACUCUGAUGACUGUGAUCGUUACAAACUUAAUGGAAAUGGUAUGCAUGAAAAAUAUUUGGACGAUCAUCCGCCUUUACAUUCAGUGGAACCAAUUCGGCUGCAAAAAUUGCACUUAAAUGGCGAUUUACAUCAAAUAGCGCAAAAUGAUAGUAGUACAGGCGGUAAUGUUGCCAGGUGCGCCACCGCAAUAAGCGACAGGAGCGUCACUGGAAAAGAACCCAGUGAGGAUGAGGAGAAUUUGAUUGGAAAUGGAUUUGAUAAAAUGAAACAGUACAAUUCGGAUGGAAAUUUCUUGCCAAAUAAUAUUUCACGGAGUAGAAAAAUUACAAAUCCAGGCGAUCUACCCAUUAAGUCAUCAAAGUGUGAAACUUAUUGCAACAGUUAUGCACCAUCAGAACCAGCAAUACCUACUCGUUCGUCCUUCUUAUCAUUGGUACGGAAAAGUUUUAGCCAUCAAAAUUUAGCUUGUACGUCAAAAACUACUGGUAUCUCUCAGCGUAUUCAAGCAUCUCCUAAAGUAAUCAGGAAGAAUAAUUUAAAGUCUGCGUCAUCAAUGAGAAGCAUUACGUCAAAUUCGUCAUCCGUAAUAAGCACAUCGAAACGUGAAAAAUGUGUCCAAAAUAUUGAAAUGUUGUUGAAAAAUCCCGAAUUCUCGCUCAAUGAUGCAUUACAGAAAUUAGAUGCUGAAGAAUGGAAUGAAAAACUUUAUGCCAUCGAAGUGAUCGAUACUUUAACUAAAAUAUCGCCAGGUGUGCUUGCUGCAAAUAUACAUCCUGUUGUUAUGAAAUUAUUAAAUGAAUGUAAAAACUUACGUUCAACAGUUUCGCGAGCAGCAAUUUCUUCUUUUGGAGCUUUAUUUGAAAAUCUUAAAACAGUGAUGGAUUCGGAUAUUGAAAAAGUAUGUCCGGUAUUGAUGCAAAAAGCCGGUGAUGUAAGUAAUGCAUUCAUUCGUGAUGAUGCGACAAUUGCGCUGGAAAAAAUGAUCAAAUAUGUUUCACCUGGGCGUUCUCUCUAUGCAUUAGUUAGUUCUGGAGCUAAAAGCAAAAGUAAUACAAUUCGAGCGUGCUGUGCAAGCCUAUUAGUGAAAUUAGUGGAACGUUUAGGUCCUAUAAAUGCCAUCGGUAGCGCAGAAUUUCCACGUUUUGUCACAUCUUUACUACUAUUUGCAAGAGAUGCAAAUGUAACGGUGCGACAGACUGGAAAAUAUGGAAUACGACUGCUUAGCCAGAACAAUGAUUUAUUUGAUGAUGCAGUACGUAAAAGUCUGAAUGAAAGUGAACGACAGAAUUUGAAUGAAGUAUUGGAUGCUAUAAAUAGAAGAGGUUUGGAAGAAACUAAUCUUGCUUCAUCAUCAUUAUCACUAGGAUCAAUUAGCAGAAGUGGUAGUACGAGGCGCUCUGGUAGUAAUGGACGAGAUGCGCCGAUAUCACAAAGCAUACAACAGGAUUUGCUGCAAGUGCGAAACAAUCUAAUUGCAAGCGAAUGGGAGCGACGAAUGAAAGGUUUAAAAGAAUUCUCAGAAAUUGUAAUGAGAAACGAUCGAGCAGCAAUAUCAGAUACAAAAGUUCUGGGAGCAUUUGUUGGCCGUACAUCAGAUAUUAACUUUAAAGUAUCAGUGGAAGCUAUGGAAACUCUUGUCACCAUUCUCCCGACACUUUCGCCCUAUUUUUCAAGUGAAGCAUCACUGAAAGCAGUACUUUAUCAGCUAAUCAACUCACUAAUGUCACAUUUGGCCAGUCGCAGCGAAGGUCACCGACAACACGCAAAAUUAUGCUUUGAAGAAAUCACAAAAUAUAUUGAGAAUAUGGCUCUUUUAGCGCCAUUUGCAAGCGCAACAAAACAAGCUAACGUAAAACAAAAACCAUUUAUGCUGCAAACUCUUAGCAAAUUGAUAGAAUCCGUGUAUUCAAUUAAGCCACGUCAAGCGGAAGCAGUAGGUCUUCCGGUUCUCUGGGAAUUACUACGGACUCCACCUCGGAGCUGCAGUGAUCCGGAAGUUCGAGAAGCCAUACGUCACUAUGCUAUAACAAUGGCACGCUGCAUUGGUAUCAAAACACUUCUUCAAUUGUCAACAUUCCGCAUUAAUCCAAACCAAAAGAAAACACUGCAAGAAUUAAUUUCAUAA